CGCCGGGAAGUGUGCACACUGUCUAAAGAUCAAGUCUCUGUCGGGGCUCUCACUAUAGAAAUCUCAUCGAUCUCAGUCAACUCGUCACUGACUCACAAAAUGACGAGUCGACUCAUCCUCCUCCUUUCUCUAGUUUCUCUUCUCCUCUUCUCCGUCUUACUCACCCCAUCCCUCGCCGUCGCCGGCGCUGAUGACGACGACGAAGACCUCAGCUUCCUCGAAACCGACGACGUAAACGACGACGCGCCGGAACACACUUUCCCAACCGACACCUUCUCUGACGACGAUGAUUUCGAUGACGACGGGGACUUUGAGAAUUACGACGAUUUUGAGGUUCCGUCGGCGUUUGAUGAUGAGAAAGAAGAGGAAGUAGCUAAAUUCGACGAUAAAGACGUUGUCGUUUUGACGGAUAGGAAUUUCAGUGACUUUGUGGAGGAUAAUAAGUAUGUGAUGGUGGAGUUUUAUGCGCCGUGGUGUGGUCACUGUAAGGAACUUGCACCGGAGUACGCUGCUGCAGCGACGGAGCUGAAGGCGGAGAAUGUGCCGUUGGUUAAAGUUGAUGCUACGGUGGAGAAUGAGCUGGCGGAGAAUUAUGAGGUUCAAGGAUUUCCUACUAUUUAUUUUUUUAUUGAUGGUGAGCACAAAACUUACAGUGGCCAAAGAACUAAAGAUGCAAUUGUGACUUGGAUCAAAAAGAAGAUUGGGCCUGGCAUUUACAAUAUAACAACAACGGAGGAUGCAGAGCGUGUACUAACCUCUGGAGACAAAGUCGUGUUAGGGUUCCUUGAGUCCUUGGUGGGUCCUGAAACUGAGCAACUUGCUGCUGCUUCAAAACUUGAGGAUGAUCUUAACUUUUACCAGACGACAAAUCCUAACGUGGCUAAGCUAUUCAAUAUUGAAGGCACUCUUAAACGCCCAGCUUUAGUCUUGCUUAAAAAGGAAGAGGAGAAAGUGGUGCAUUAUGAUGGUCAAUUCACCAAGUCUGCAAUAGUUAAGUUUGUAUCUGCCAACAAGCUUCCUCUAGUGACAGUUUUUACUAGAGAAAGUGGAGCUUCAAUUUUCUCGAGUCCAAUAAAGAAGCAGGUUUUGCUCUUUGCCAGAACAAAUGAUACAGAUAAAGUAUUCCCAACAUUUCAAGAAGCUGCAAAACUUUUCAAGGGAAAGCUUAUCUUUGUUUUUGUCAACAUGGAUGAUGAAGAAGUUGGAAAACCUGUAUCAGAUUAUUUUGGAGCCACCGGAGAUUCUCCGAAGGUUAUCGGAUAUACUGGAAAUGAGAAUCCCAGGAAGUACAUAUUUGAUGGGGAGAUCACCGUUGAGAAGCUUAAGGCAUUUGGAGAGGAUUUUCUGGUUGACAAGCUUAAAGCUUUUCAUAAAUCAGACCCUAUUCCUGAGGAUAAUGAGGGAGACGUGAAGAUAGUAGUGGGGAACAAUUUUGAUGACAUUGUUCUGGACGAGUCAAAAGAUGUGCUUCUGGAGAUAUACGCACCAUGGUGUGGGCAUUGCCAAUCUCUAGAACCAACGUAUAACAAGCUUGCAAAGCACUUACGUGACAUUGAGUCUCUUGUUAUAGCCAAAAUGGAUGGUACCACGAAUGAGCACCCUCAGGGAAAGGCUGAAGGAUUUCCCACACUCCUCUUCUUCCCAGCAGGGAACAAGACCGUGGAUCCAAUCCCAAUUGAUGCUGACCGAACUGUGGUAGCAUUGUACAAGUUUAUCAAGAAACACGCAACUAUUCCUUUCAAGCUUCCAAAACCUGCUUCAUCGACAACUACAUCAGAGAGUCCAGAAGCCAAAGAAGGUGCUAACGUAGAGUCUAGCAAUGAAAAAGAUGAACUAUGAAAACUCAUAGCUCUGUUACUUUUUUUUCUUUGUUAUUCUCCUAGCUUGUUUUGUAGUAGGACUAGGUAGAGUGGGCUAGAAAGAUGGCCACGGAACUUGUUUGGUUAUUUCUUUUUUGUUUGAGUUUAAAGUUUAAUGUCCUAUAUGAAUGAUAAGUUAUAUGUAUCUUCAGUAUAAAGAAUUUUUAUAUCA